AUGUACUUCUCUCUAAUUGUCAUGUCGGCCUCGUUGGCGGCGGCUGUCCUUGCAGUCCCAGUCGCUGAAGAGAACACCCAGGUCAAGCGCGCACCUGUUCCUGCGAAGGAAAUCCUUAUCAAGGUCGUAGCUGACGCAGAUGUGGGCCUGAAAAAGCGCGACACUGCACCGAAUGAACCCACUGAGGACGACAUCAAUGUCAACCUGGGUGCCGGCGUGGGCGUCACUAAGCGUGAUGCAUCUCCAGAAGACCUGGUUAGUAUUAGUGUUGGAGCUGAUAGAUCGGUUCACAUUGGAAAGCGAAUGGCCGCCGCACCCGUUGAUGAUGGGGUCAUCGGUGUUGGCCUUGGGCGGACGUGA